CAAACCACAGGGAAAAGAGAUUGGAAUCAAGAUCAAACCUUUCCGCAGUCGCAAUUCUGUUCCCUGUUAUACCGUCUCUCUCUCCAAAAAUUCUCUAUCUAGGGUUUCUUCAAAUAUAGCAUAUAUGUACAUAUAAAUCAUACUUUCACAUAUAUACAUAUAUAUAUUCGAGGGUUUCAAUCUUGCAGUUGGUCGAUCGAAAAGGAAUGGAUCUAGAGGUUGUGGGCCGCCACGCCCUCCUCUUCGACGAUGACUCGACGGCGGCGUUUGUGAACUCCGGUGAUGCCCUCGUCGAAUGGAAUUCUCUCGUCAUCGAUCGCUACGACGUGCGCCACCUCCUCUCCGGGCCUCCGCCGCCACGGAGGCGGCGCAAUCUCCAUCAGACACACUCAACUUCGUCUCCUACUUCCGUCACUUCUCUUGAAUCGGAGCUGGAUCGUGAACGAUACCUUGAUCUACCAGCACCGUCCGACGAACAAGAAUUUGAUGAGGGUGCGAAACCGGUUGAUGGUGGUGGUUAUCAUAGUGUUGCCUUUUCGUAUGGAAACACUGGGAAUUCAACUGAUCAAAAGAAUGCUGAUGCUGGGUUAGGAGAUUCUGGUUUCCAUCCACCUUUCGCUGUGCCUGAUAGCUUACUCCAAAGCCUGCCUCCAACAGAGAAGCUACAUCAGAUAAUUGCAAGGACUGCUACGUUUGUCAGCAAACAUGGUGGGCAGUCGGAAAUUGUUCUGAGGGUUAAACAGGGAGACAACCCGACGUUUGGGUUCUUGAUGCCUGACCAUCACCUUCAUGCGUACUUUAGGUUUCUUGUUGAUAACCAAGAACUCUUGCAGUCUGACAUUGAUGGAAAACUGCAAAAUGAGAAAGCCGAUACUGAGCACAAUCAGACAGAUGAUGCUGGAGGUGGAGCGUUGUCCUUGCUUGGUUCUGUGUAUGGAUAUGGGGAAGAUGAGGAUGGCGGUGAGGAAGGCCAGAAAUCUAAAGAAAACAUAUCCGGGGAAACCUUUGAUGCUGUUAGUGUAGCAGUUUCUCAUGGUUCAGAUGAAACAAACUUUUCAGCGAAUGCAGCUGGAAAAGAUGAGUCAGCUUCCAAGCUUCAACUUCAUUCUAAAGAAAAGCUUUUUGCAUUGACAAAGAAUUCCUUUAUCAGUGCACCUAAGGCUGGAACUACAUGUACCACGAAAAAAGGUGACAUUCUUGGUUCGCUUUGUGCUGCUAUAGAUAAGUCGCAAGCUUCUGCCAUACCGACCAUUCCUAAGGUUGAACAAUUGGUUUUGGAGCCUUCAGCGGAUUUAAAAAGAUUGAUUGAUAAGAUAGUUGAAUUCAUUCUGAAAAAUGGGAAGCGGUUUGAGGCGGUACUUAUGGAACAGGACAGUGAACAUGGAAGAUUUCCAUUCCUUCUGCCUUCUAAUAAGUAUCAUCCGUACUAUCUAAAAGUUCUCCAGAAAGCCCAAGAGUCAAAAUUAACUAGCUUAUUUUCCAAGAAUGAUGACUUGGUAGCGCAUGGGCCAGACAGGAAAACUUCUCAAUCCGAGGAAAGUGAUUCUUUACCUUCAGGAUCUGGUUUUGAUGUGCCAUAUGAUUCUGACAGGAAAGAGAAGUUUAAGAUGGUAAUUGGGAAGCCAAAGAAGGAUGGACAGGAUCCACCUUCCAAAGCUACUCAGCAACAAUUUGGAGUUCAAAUAGAUGCAGCUUCAGCUGCAGCUAUUCUUCAGGCUGCAACAAAAGGCAUUAGGUAUCCAAAUUUGGGAAUUCUUUCAAGCACAUAUGGUGAGGGUGGGCGGGUCUCAAGCUCUGGCAGUCAACUUUUACCUCGACCCGAGUGCGUUGUCGAAAAAUCUGAUCAGAAUGGUGACCACAGUUUUUCUGCACCUGUUACUCGUGAUAUUGCAAAGACUGCUUCUCUUGAAGCUGUUUGUGAGGCCGACUCCUCUGAAGCAAACCUGAAUAGAGAGCAGAAGCUGAAGGCUGAGAGGUUGAAACGGGCAAAGAUGUUUGCAGCCAUGUGGAAAACUGGAGCAGAACCAUUAAAAACUUUACCACUGCGGGGCAUUUCAGUAGAACCACAAGAAUCAGGAGUUUCUGGUUCUGGUGCUGAGGUUGUUAACCUCGAGAUCAAAGAAAGAGAAGGCAGCUCGGUUCCCUUAGAUGUUGAUGCUGAAGACAAAAUUGAGAAGCCUGAAAGGAAAUAUUCUGAUGACGAGUACAAUGAACGGAGAUUAAAGAGGAAGUACAGAAUGAGAUCUCAGAGAGAUGAUGAUGAUGAUGAUGUUGAAGAUGAGGAUGAAGAGGGAAAUGAUGAAAAGCGCUCAGUGAAGAAGCAUCGGUCUCAUCAUUCUUCUCAUAAAGAUUACAAAAAAGAAGUAUUUGAGAAGGAAAUUGAUCACAAGCACUCCAGGAAAAAGCACCGUUCUCAUCAUUCCUCGUGUGAAGAUGAAGAGGAAAGGGAUCACAAGCAGUCAAGGAAAAAACACCGGUCUGAUCGUUAUUCGUGUGAAGAAGAAGAAGAAAUGGAUCUAGACUAUUCUAGGAAGAAGCAACCGUCUUAUCGAUCUUCACAUGAAGAAGCUGACAGAGAAGAGGAAGAAGAAAUAGAUGGUAAACACUCAAGGAAGAAGCACAGGUCUCACCGUUCUUCACACCACAGUAGAGACAGGCACAAGCACAGAAGACGACAUUCUUCUUCAAAGGAAAUAGAAUCUCGACAGCGGCACAAGCAUGAUAGCUCUUCUGAUGAUGAGCAGCGCCAGAAACGUAGUGGAUCUAAUAAGCACAAAAACAAAUCUCUUUCAGACAAAGAAGAGUUGGAGGAAGGGGAGAUCAGUUCCAAAAUUUCAGACAAUGGUGCUAUUAGAGAAGGAUCUUUGGACUCGUCGAAUUCAUGUCGUACUGUGAGGGUGCCAUCUCAGCCCUCUGAAGCUACUGAGGUUUCUGAUGAUCUCAGGGCUAAAAUUCGAGCAAUGUUGAUGGCGACCUUGUAAGAAGUACCAUAUUUUUAGUCUCUUGUAUUGUAAUAAUUAUUUGAACUCUGGCAAAUUAAUUUGUUCGGGUGUUGAGAUUUAUUCCUUUCAAAUCCCUUGUAGGCUCCUUUUGGUUCGUCCCAUAUAGGGAAAGGAAAAGGAAAAGAUAAAAGGAAAUGGCAAGGGGAAAUAAUCAUUCUUAGUUUGAAUGGCAUAAA